GGCAGUUAAUGAAUUCCUUGACCCGUUUGUAUAAUGAUAUGACAAUGAAACAUGCUCGUUAUUUUGUGAGAGUAUCACAUAAUGUAUGGUGUUUAGUUUUGUCGGUAUUUACAAUUAUUUGUAUUUUGCACAUUGCUUUUAACGCAUUAAACAGAAAUAUGUUAAUAUCCAGAAAGACCCAGAUGGUAAAAAGGGAAACAAUCGAUGUGGAUUCUUUUAGAAUAAACUCCAAUUUAUUGGAAAACGUUUGCAACCCGUCCCCAUAUUUAGUUGUUCUAGUUCCGUCAACAUUUGGUGCCAAAGAAGAACGCAAUUCAAUACGGAACACAUGGCUCAAUUCAGUCUGGACUAAUUUACAUCCAAAUUUUACAGUUAAACAUAUUUUCAUAUUAGGUUUGAAAAAUAGAAACGAGGAAUCAGCAAUACUGAACGAGAGUAAAAUUUUCAAAGAUAUUUUAUGUAGUAACUUUAUUGAUUCAUAUGAGAACCUGACAUUGAAAGUUUUGAUUGGAUUAAACUGGAUAAAUAAAAACUGCAAACAUACCAAAUACGUGUUGAAAGCGGAUGACGAUACUCUUAUACUAGUGCCAAAUCACCUCUUGUUUCUCAGUCAAAAUGUACACUCCGAAAGGAUCAUAGGUCUCGUGGUUGAAAGUGGAGAGGUAAAUCGCAAAGGGAGAUGGAAGGUGGAUUUAGACUUGUAUCCACAUAAAACUUAUCCACCUUAUGUGUUUGGAAACUCGUAUGUAAUACCAAGAACAUUACUACAAAGUCUCGUAACGGCAUCCAAUCAUAUGCCGAGUAUACCUACAGAAGAUGCCUAUAUUACUGGAAUAUUAAGGAGAGAAGCGAAAAGUAAACUUCUUCAUCAUCCUGGAUUCUCGUUUUGGUUGCAAAGCACAAAAGUGACGAGUCUAUGCCUUUAUAGUUACAAUAUAUCGAUAACAAAUCUAGGACCAUUAAAAAUGUUAAAAAUAUGGAAUACAUUUUUACACUUCAAUUAUACAAACUGCCUGUACUGAUAAAAUACAUGUAUAUGAUUAUAUUAGACUAACAUAUUCCUGAUUUGUGAUGGUUUUAAUAUAACUUACAAUCU